AUGAGUCGUCUCAGUGGGGGUGGAGAUAUCUCCGCCAUCUUCGUCCACGCUGGCGCCGGUUUUCACGCGCCACACAAUGAGAAAGCGCAUCUAGAGACCUGUGAGAAUGCGGCAAGAGUGGCCAUGGCUGUUCUGAGAAACGGCGGCUCCGCCGUCGACGCUGUCGAGAUCGCUAUCAUGCUGCUGGAAGACUCGGAGAUUACCAAUGCUGGCUACGGCAGCAACUUGAACCUGGAAGGCAUGGUCGAAUGCGAUGCUACCAUGGUCAACCAUCUCGGACGGAGCGGUGCAGUGGGCGCCACCUCCCAGGUCAAGAAUCCCAUUUCUCUUGCAAGGGUCAUCCUUGACUCCUCGUCGAGGCCUUUGUCGCUGUCACGGGUGCCUCCGAACUUCCUGGUGGGACAGGGUGCAACGGACUAUGCCUACGAGCAUGGGCUGGUGGUGUUACCCCAUGAUGCCUUAAUAUCUACCCCCGCGCGAGAACGCUGGAAUCAUUGGCAACGGGAGCUGGACGCCGUUUCUCUUAGGGAGAAAAAGCACAGCGAUCAUGAUCGUUUCAAAGCGUGUGUUCGCCGACCAGUCACGGUUAACCCAGCCCAGAUCCUCGCAUCGCUAUCAAAACCAACCCCCGUGACUGGGAUAAGCUCUCCGGUUGUAAAAGGGGUGACUGCAGAUCCACGGCUCACCCGUCAGUCUCAGGGUAUUACGCCCCCAGCAGAUGUGGGUUCGCCGUCCGAGUCUCCCAGAGUCAAGGAUGGCAAAUACAUUGAUGGUAUGCAGCAUCCGUCCGCGACCUGGCCUGGGGAUGGCAACGUGUCCGCGAGUGAUGACGACUUGUCUUCUGAUGCCGAAGCGUCCCAAUCUUUUAACGACAUGGAAAUCGACCGCGUCAAUGAUACUGUCGGCGCGAUAGCUAUAGAUAACCAGGGCAAUAUUGCCGCUGGCUCCUCUUCCGGCGGGAUUGGGAUGAAACAUCGCGGCAGGAUCGGACCGGCAGCGCUCGUGGGCAUUGGGACUGCUGUUAUCCCAGUGGACCCCAGUGACCCGGACGUCACCAGUGUGGCCACGAUUACUUCCGGGACCGGCGAGCAUAUUGCGACGACCAUGGCGGCCAGCACCUGCGCGUCGCGCAUCUACUAUAGCCACCGGCGAUGCCAAGAUGGCAGUUUCGAAGAGGUCACCGAAGAAGAAGCCAUCCGGGCUGUGGUCGCUGACGACUUCAUGGAUCAUCCCGGGGUCAGAGGUAGCUUUUGCCACGGCGCUAUCGGCAUCGUUUCGGUCAAAAAAUCCGUCGACGGGAUCUUCCUCUACUUUGCUCAUAACACUGACUCAUUUGCCCUUGCAUCGAUGAGUAGCGCCGACAAGAAGCCGGUGUGCGUCAUGUCUCGUAGCAAUGGGAACGGCAGCAUCGCCCAGGGUGGCCGCGCCUGUCGACCCAAAAGGUAUGCCGAGAAGGCUCACGAGGAGUCGGACUAG